CCCACAUCCUAUCCACACCUAUGGAUAAAACACUCUCAGACACACAUCUGUUUUCCAAUAACCAAACUACAAUUUCAAAUAUAUAUUUUUUGCUUUCUCCAUAGAACAUCUGCAAGUGCCAAGCAAAAGCCAUGGCUCAAACAAUGCUGCUCACUGCCAAUGUUUCUGGAGCUGCACUUGAUUUGAAGAGAGAGCCAUUGCUUCAAAGAUUAAAACCCAAACCAUUCUCUCUCCUCUUACUUCCCCCUCUUCCCACUUCUUUUGGGUCAACUUCAUCUUCAGCAACCAGAACUGUGGCUCUCUUCAAAUCAAAACCCAAAGCCACUCCCAAGAAGCAGGCUGUUUCUAAGCCAAAGGUUGAAGACGGUAUAUUUGGCACCUCUGGAGGCAUUGGUUUUACCAAGGAGAAUGAGCUCUUUGUGGGUCGUGUGGCCAUGCUUGGCUUUGCUGCAUCCAUAUUGGGAGAAGCAAUAACAGGGAAGGGAAUCCUAUCACAACUGAAUCUGGAAACUGGGAUUCCGAUUUAUGAGGCUGAGCCCCUUCUACUCUUCUUCAUCCUCUUCACUCUGCUUGGAGCUAUUGGAGCUUUGGGUGACCGGGGACGUUUUGUCGAUGAGCCCACUGGACUUGAUAGGGCUGUAAUCCCUCCUGGCAAAGGAUUCAGAACAGCAUUGGGCCUUAAAGAAGGAGGUCCGCUAUUUGGAUUCACAAAGUCGAAUGAGCUCUUCGUGGGAAGAUUGGCUCAGUUGGGCUUUGCUUUCUCUCUGAUUGGAGAAAUUAUUACAGGAAAGGGAGCUUUGGCACAACUAAAUAUCGAGACUGGUGUUCCAAUCACUGAUAUUGAACCUCUUGUUCUGUUAAAUGUUGUCUUCUUCUUCCUUGCAGCCAUUAAUCCAGGGACUGGCAAAUUUGUGACAGAUGAGGACGAAGAGUAAAUAUGUUUCUGUGGGACUCAUUAGGGUUUGUGUCCACUUUGUAGUUUUUUCGUGUAAGAUGUAAUAAUUUGCAAAUUACUCAACCCAUGAUUUUACUCUUUGAUUUGGUUCCCCAUGACCUCUUUCUCUUUCAUCUGCUUUCCCAUAACCCUUCUCUCCCUCAAAUCUGUGUGCUUCCAUGUUUUGUUUGUUUUCUCACUUUUUUCGGCCUAUUAAACAC